CUUCACUGGAGAACAGCUCCUUUCCUCCUCCUCCUCCUCCUCCAGCCAUUACGUCAUUCGAGUGAGACCGUUAGUGGGCGUGGUCAUCACACGUGUAGUGGAAGAUUCUUAUACCGCUCUUUACGUUCCAUACAGCAGCCCAUGGCUACCGUACUAGCUGACAGGAAAGAGAGAAGACGAAAGUGGUGGGCCAAGCAGAUCAAAGCCAAGACCAAAAGCAAAAGCGAGCCCAAAGCUGGUGGAAACCAGAAGAAAGAGAGAGGAAAAUCGAAGCCUUUGGAGAGAGAUGUAGCGGAACAAACUCAGUUUGAGGAAAAACCAACAGACACUAUGAUUCCAGAUGCAAACACAUCUGGUUUCAGAUCUUCUCACACCGUCUCGUCAGCCGAGAAGACAUCACAAGACAAUGUUACCAGAUCCAGAAAUCGCCAAUCGGCUAAAAGAGACACAACUGCCCCUUUAUUAUCAGUUGGGCAAAGAGACAGGUUCUCAACGAGGGAGUUGACUACUGGGUGCAGUAGGGAAAAGGACACUUCGGACCUCACUGCUUCUGACAGUGACUCUGAUACUGAAGGUGGGCAAGUUGUAGGAGAAUUCAGUGGGAAGAAACGCAGGUACAUUGCCUUCAUUGGAAACCUCCCCUUCUCUAUCACUGGUGAUGAGAUCGUCGAACACUUUGCCAAGAGAGGAGUCAAGAUUAUGGAAGCUCGACUGCUAACGAAGAGGGGCAGCGGGGAAUCCAGGGGUUGCUGCUUUGCUGAGUUUCCCGACACGAAAUCACUUCAGAAUGCCCUAAAGUUCCACCACAGCCUGAUUGGAGGUAGACGGCUAAAUAUAGAAGUGACGUGUGGUGGAGGAGGCAGAGGAGGUAAGCGAAUGGAAAAGAUCAAACAGAGAAACGAGCGACUCAGAAAGGUCGCGAGGAAAAGGGUUAAGUCUCUGAGGAAAGGGCAGGAACAGACAUGCUUGGACAGCCCACAAACAAUAGGGUUGGGUCUAAGAAGCAAAUUACAUCAAUGAACCUUAAUUGCAAGCACUGCUUGGUUCAUUAUGUUCCAUAAACACACUAAUUUGUCCCUGUGUGUAUACACUGCAUUGCAUUUUGGUGUCUAUCAUUGUUGUGUGCAUUAGUAAAGCGACGACAAAGGGUACUGGAUUACACAAGCACUUAAUAACAUGCGAGAAUGUAUGUGAACACUGGAGCCUUACACUAUUUGCUGUUCAAAUGCAGAGUCAUAAGUUCUAAUGGAAAAAUUUGGCACGCAACACAAAGGGUAACUUAUGAAUGGUUUGGCUGGCAGCAACACAGAGUGUGCGUUGCCCCGCCCGGCCUAAGAUUCACUAGGUGACUGUUCCUCUUGUCCCUCCUCCUGUUUCGGCUCCUUGUUCUCCUUCUGCUCCGCCUGCUCCUCACCCUUCUCCCCCUCGGUCUCUGCCGCUGCAUUCGUCUCUUGUCCCUUGCCUUCCUCCUCCUUGGCGGCUUCAGUGUUCUCGGCUGGAGCUGGCUCCUCUUUCUUGACAGCAGAGGCCACGGUGAAAUGGGUGGAGGGGCCUAGUUCUGAACCCGACUGGACACUCCCGUCUUCCUGGACAGAGAUGUAGUGUCCGGCUGCCUUGGCUGACUCAAAGGACACACAUCCUUCUGUUUCUUGCACUUUCAGCUCACUGGACUCAUCGCACAGCUCAACUUUCUCUUCUGACACGCUGAGGUAUUUCUCGCCGUGUUGUAGCGUCACGACGUGCCCGGAUUCAGAAUCCUUUUUGCAGACCGUGAACUGGGCGCUCUCUCCCUCUUCACCCUGAGCCUCAACGUUUCCUUCGUGGACUCGAAGGAGUUUGCCGGACGCCUUGGAAGUCAGGAAAACUAUUGCUCCCUCGACUAGAACGUCCAGUGGAGGCGUCGGCUCGGCGUCUUUCGACUUAUUGCUCUUGGAAGAUUUCCCUCCCAUUGUUUUUUUGCUACGAUAAGUUCGGAAAUAGAACCAAAAGAAAAGAAAAACGGGUAUACACACCUAAGCAAUACGCCCUAACAGUC